AUGCACUCAUUAUUAUUAUUCAAACAUAAAUAAGAUCUAGAAAUCUAAAGGGCUUAUAAAUAUGAACAAUCCUUAAAAACUAAGGAAUUAUAAAAAUAUUAAAUCCUAUUAAAAUCUUGUGAAAGAAUGUUAUCAAAUAGAUAAAUGCAAAAAAAAAUAGGCUUAGUCAACUUAAUGUCCUUAAGCAUGAAUAAAAUCCUCAACAAUUUUAAUUAUAAGAAACAGAAGCUAUUCAUAAUCGAUAUCUCAAUUCUCUAUCAAUUAAGCCCUUAAAUUGAACUCUUUACAGAUGCUUAUCAAAAAUUGAUAUUGAUGUAAAAAAUACUUAAUAUUACAAGAAGAAACUUGAAAAUUAAUAAAAUAUGA